AUGGCUCAUCAGAACGUUUGGUACUCGCGCCCUCGUAACUUCGGCAAGGGUUCUCGUCAAUGCCGUGUCUGCGGUAACCAGGGUGGCCUUAUUCGCAAGUAUGGCUUGAACAUUUGCCGUCAGUGCUUCCGUGAGAAGUCCGCUGACAUCGGUUUCCACAAGUACCGCUAA